AUGAACUUAUCUUUACGAACUAAUUUAUCUCAUCUGAUUGAUCAAUGUAUUUAAUAUAUUUAUAUAUAUAGCUACAAAAUUAUUGUUAUUUGUGUUUAAACUAAACAAGUUAUCAUAAUGAAGAUACUUAUAGUGCUUUGUUUAGUAGCAAUCUUUUGCACUGCUACUACCUUGGGUUCAGGAAAGAACAUCGUAUGUUAUUUUGCCAGCUGGACAGUUUAUAGACCGGGAGAUGGAUCUUUCGAUGUGCGUAACAUAGACCCAUCGCUAUGUACUCACAUCAAUUUUGCUUUCAUUGGCCUUAACGAAGAUGCCUCCAUUAAAAUUUUAGAUCCAUGGGAGUCAAAUGAUCCCUCAGGUUACGGUGGCUUUAAAAAUCUGGUAGCUCUAAAAAAAUCAAAUCCAGAUCUUAAAAUAUCUGUAAGUAUGGGUGGUUGGAAUGAAGGGUCAGAGAUAUAUUCAAAAGUUGCUUCAGAUGCAAUGAAGAGAAAACUCUUUGCCAACCAUGUUUUACGAUUUAUAAAAGAGUGGGACUUUGAUGGAUUUGAUCUAGAUUGGGAAUAUCCUGGAUUGAGAGGAGGAGAUUCAACCAUCGACAAGGACGAUUUUACUGCACUUCUCAAAGAACUUAGUAAUGUUCUCAAGCCUAAAGGGUAUUUAUUAUCCAUAGCGGGAGCAGGAGCAAUUGAAAAAAUUGAUGAAGCAUAUGAUAUUCCAGCAAUUACAAAGUUAAUAGACAUGAUCAAUGUUAUGGUUUUUGAUUUCCACGGUGCUUUUGACGAUUAUGUAGGACAUGUCUCACCACUUUAUCCCGCUAAAGUUGACUACGAUUACUAUGAUAAUAGCACAUACAAUGUAGAUGUAGGAAUCCAACAUUGGUUGGAAAGUGGUGCAGAUCCUGCAAAGAUAAACUUGGGUGUUAUCUUGUAUGGAAGAAGCUUUACUUUGGCUGAUAGAGAUAAUACCACCCUUUAUGCUCCUGUUAAAGGUGGAGGUAGAGUUGGCCCUUAUACACAACAAUCUGGAUAUUUAGGAUAUAAUGAGAUCUGCAAAUACUAUACUGACUCAACUUACGUAUGGGAUGAAGAACAGAGAGUUCCUCACAGAUACUGGGGUGACCAAUGGGUAGGAUUUGAAGAUGAGAAAUCUUUAACCGAAAAAGUAAACUAUGCUCUUGAAAAUAACUUGGGAGGUAUCAUGGUGUGGUCACUUGAUUAUGACGAUUUUAGAGGAGCAUGCGGUGACAAAUAUCCUCUAUUAAAAACUAUAAACAAAAUUAACAAUUAGUGUAAUAUUUAUUAUUUAAAAUUUAUUUAUUUAUUUAUUCUAGUAACAUGUGUUUUGUAUUGUUUAAAAUCUAGUAAUUUAUUAUUGUACAUAGGAUUCUAAUAUUAAAAAGUGAAAACGUUUAA